UACAUGGAGAUCUUGCCGGGAAAACCCGCUCGCUCCCCUCCCGGCGACCAGCUCCGGAGCACCGCCGCCGCCCGGGAGCGCCCUUCGCCGCCGCCGCGCCGGGCCCCUCGCCAGCCCCAGCCGCCGCCUGCGCGCCCCGGGGCGCCCGCUGCGCCCCAGGUCCGUCCCCCGCAAGACGGAGAGGAUCCGCGGACAUGGAUGCGCUGAGACCGCUCUGAAAAGCCUCCGCGGGAGCGCCGGGAGCGAGGCCACGUUCCUCGCAGCCAAAAUCACAUUUAAGGACCACAACCACCACCUCCAACAUUUUCAUUAAAACAAUAAGCGCCCGAGAACCCCGACGAGCCGGUGGGGGAGGGGCGGGGCGGGGCGGGGAGGGUCGCCCCGAGGCCGCCGCCGAGCGCGCCGUCCGCCCCGCCGCCUCCCUGCGGAGCCGGGCCGGCGCCUCCAGCCACGGCUCGGACUCUCGCCGGGACCCGCCGCCCGCGUCGGUGCCGAGGGCGCGGCUGGGGCGCGCGGCCCGGCGCCUCCGAGGAGCCCCGGCGCCCGUGCAUGAGCACGCGAGGGUCCCGCGGCCCCGCAGCGGCCCGGGCGGCAGCAGGCGCGCGCGCAGCGGAGCCGGGCGCCGGGCGGCGGCGGCCGGGGGCGCACGGUGCCGGGACCAGCUCGCCGCGCCCCAUGGGGAGCCGGCGGCCGCGGCGCUGCUGAGGCGGGCCCGGCGGGCCAGGCGCGGGGCCGGGGCCCGGGCUGCUGCAGCCCCCUCUGCGGCUGCCGGGCCGGCCCGGGCGCCCGCGCACUGGGGGGCGGGGGGUGGGGGCGGCCGCCGAGCGCCGACGCAGGGGCCCGGGCCGAGGGCGCGGCGGGGCUGCGCGCGCGCUGGGGCGCGUGGAGGGGCGCGGAGAGCGACAUGAGUCUGGUGGGGGGCUUCCCCCACCACCCGGUGGUGCACCAUGAGGGCUACCCCUUCGCCGCCGCUGCGGCCGCGGCCGCUGCGGCCGCCGCCAGCCGCUGCAGCCACGAGGAGAACCCCUACUUCCACGGCUGGCUCAUCGGCCACCCGGAGAUGUCGCCCCCAGAUUACAGCAUGGCCCUGUCCUACAGCCCCGAGUACGCCAGCGGCGCCGCGGGCCUGGACCACUCCCAUUACGGGGGGGUGCCGCCGGGCGCCGGGCCCCCUGGCCUGGGGGGGCCGCGGCCGGUGAAGCGCCGGGGCACCGCCAACCGCAAGGAGCGGCGCAGGACUCAGAGCAUCAACAGCGCCUUUGCCGAGCUCCGAGAGUGCAUCCCCAACGUGCCCGCCGACACCAAGCUCUCCAAGAUCAAGACGCUGCGCCUGGCCACCAGCUACAUCGCCUACCUCAUGGACCUGCUGGCCAAGGACGACCAGAACGGCGAGGCAGAGGCCUUCAAGGCGGAGAUCAAGAAGACAGACGUGAAAGAAGAGAAGCGGAAGAAGGAACUGAACGAAAUCUUGAAAAGCACAGUGAGCAGCAACGACAAGAAAAGCAAAGGCCGAACGGGCUGGCCGCAGCACGUCUGGGCCCUGGAGCUCAAGCAGUGAGGAAGCGGAGUGACCGCGAGCGAGCUGGGACCCUGGAGGCCGCCUGCAGACCCAGGACUCGGGAAAGCUCUCUGCGCGCGCUCCGAGGACUUCUCGCAGUGGGAAUCAUCCGGUUUAUUUAUGUGCAAUUUGCCUCCCCUCUCUUUGCUCCCCUCCGAGGCAUCCGCUCCCCACCUCCCCCUCCAAAAAAAAAGUGGAUAUUUGAAGAAAAGCAUUCCAUAUUUUAAUAUGAAGAGGACACUCCCAUGUGGUAAGGGAUCCCGUCGUGUCGUAGAUUCUGUGUGUGAAUGUGCCCUCCUGGCUGUGUAGACACCAGCGUGGCCUCCUCCCUAACCCACCCCCCAACCCCUCCCAGAUAAAGACAGCGGACAGUAGUGUGUAUGUGAAGUGAAUCCUUAAUGCUUGGCCUUUGGAUAUAAAUAUUCCUGGGGAUUAUAAAGUUUUAUUUCAAAGCAGAAAAUGGGGCCGCUAACAUUUCUGUGGGGAUCGGUAUCUAGUGCUGUUUCCUCUGUGAUCCUUCCCUGUUCAAAAAUGUUACCAACAGCUACUUGUUUUGUGCACUUGCGUCCUCUAAAACUAAGUGGAAUUUAAUUAAUAUUGAAGGUGUAAACGUUGUAAGUAUUCAAUAAACCACUGUGUGUUUUUUUUUUACAAAAACCCCAAUCUUUUCAUGGUGGAUACCUCAAAAGAGUUUGAAAACAAAACUGUUAUGCUUGUUUUCAUAAUAUUUAAAGUAUUCAGAAGUAAACUAAAUUAUCACGAUUGCCUCUAACUUUAUUUGAAACAGUCAGUGGCUACCUUCCAGCAUCAAUGUGAGCUCCCCACCGGGCAGGGCGAGAAGGACCCCUUAAAGAGAAGUGUCCUUGAAGAAAAUUCUGCAGAAGGGUGUCGGUUGCUCCAAGGUCCUGUCUCCCUCCCGCUCACCCCAGUCCCAGGGGGAAAUGCUGAGUGGUCUCUGGAAGGACUGGCCUGGCACAGGCCUCUGCGGUUUGCUCAGAAGAAGGUGGGAACUGGCCUUGCUUUGCUGAAAUCCACUACAUGCCCUUCAGUGGGGGCUUCCACUUUUGUUUGGGAGGCUGUUUUCCGUGGAGGAGGUGUGUUGUGUGUUGUGUGCUGGGGCCAGGCACCCCAGACGUGACUGCAGCUGCAGGAGCUAGUCUGGAGCUUGUGGUUCCAAACAAGAGGCUUUCAUCCGGGCGAGGAAGGAGCACAAGAGGAGGGUUUGCUUGUAAUCUCGAUCCAGCCGAUUUUCAGCUGAGCAGGUCAGGGAGGAGGUGGGCCUUCGGGAAAAUUCCCUGAUUAGGUAACAAGGAAUUUUACGUCAAGUAAGAAAUCGCGAACAAGUCCAUGGAUUUAAGGUGGGGGGUGAGAGGGAGGCUAGAUUUACAAGGCGCUACAGGGAACUUAAUAUUAACUGUGCCGGGUCUGGAGUCUUGCGGGCCGCAGGCCAGGCCAGCCCAGCAAGCU